GGGCGCCGGGCGCGGGCGGCGCCCGUGGCCGGAGCGGCUUCGCGGGCGCAGGUCUCGCUUAUCAGCACGUCGUUCGUGCUCAAGGGGGACGCGACGCACAACCAGGCGAUGGUGCACUGGACGGGCGAGAACAGCAGCGUGAUCUUGAUCCUGACGAAGUAUUACCAUGCAGACAUGGGGAAGGUUCUGGAAAGUUCUCUGUGGCGGUCCUCGGACUUCGGGACGUCCUACACCAAGCUCACGCUCCAGCCCGGUGUCACCACGGUCAUCGACAACUUCUACAUUUGCCCGACGAACAAGAGAAAGAUCGUCCUGGUGAGCUCCUCGCUCAGCGACCGGGACCAGAGUCUGUUCCUCAGCACAGACGAGGGGGCCACCUUCCAGAAGCAGCUCAUCCCCUUCUCGGUGGAAACGCUGAUUUUCCACCCCAAGGAGGAGGACAAGGUCCUGGCCUACACCAAGGAGAGCAAGCCGGACUGCCACCUCCACCUCCACCUGCGAUGGGCAGACAACCCCUACGUGUCAGGCACCGUGCACACCAAAGACACUGCCCCGGGCCUCAUCAUGGGUGCAGGUAACCUGGGCUCACAGCUGGUGGAAUAUAAGGAAGAAAUGUACAUCACGUCAGACUGCGGCCAUACCUGGCGGCAGGUGUUCGAGGAAGAGCACCAUGUCCUCUACCUGGACCACGGUGGCGUGAUCGCAGCUAUCAAGGACACCUCCAUCCCCUUGAAGAUCCUCAAGUUCAGUGUGGACGAGGGCCUUACCUGGAGCACACACAACUUCACCAGCACCUCCGUGUUUGUGGACGGGCUGCUGAGUGAGCCGGGGGACGAGACGCUGGUCAUGACCGUCUUCGGCCACAUCAGCUUCCGGUCCGACUGGGAGCUGGUCAAGGUGGACUUCCGGCCCUCAUUCUCCAGGCCAUGCAGGGAGGAGGACUACGGCUCCUGGGACCUCACCGACCUGAAGGGCGACCGCUGCAUCAUGGGCCAGCAGAGAAGUUUCCGGAAGAGAAAGUCCACGUCCUGGUGCAUCAAGGGACGGAGCUUCACGUCGGCGCUCGAGUCCCGGGUGUGCAGGUGCCGGGAGUCAGACUUCCUCUGUGACUACGGAUUUGAGCGCUCCCCCUCCUCAGAGUCUGAUGCCAGCAAGUGCUUUGCCAGCUUCUGGUUUAACCCCCUGUCCCCGCCAGACGACUGUGUCCUGGGCCAGACCUACAGCAGCAGCCUUGGGUACCGGAAGGUGGUGUCCAACGUGUGUGAGGGCGGCGUGGACCCUCGGCAGAGCCCCUCGCAGCUGCAGUGCCCGCUCACGCCGCCCCGGGGCCUGCAGGUCAGCAUCCGCGGCGAGGCGGUGGCCGUGCGGCCCAGAGAGGACGUCCUGUUCGUGGUGCGGCAGGAGCAGGUGGUUUGGAGCAGAAUCAUCUAA